ACGUAUGAGGCGGUACGCGCAGAAUCUGUCGCAGAUCGGAGAAAGGAGCCCAGGAAACGUGAGUGACAGGCUCAGCUGAGCGGCCAGCUGUUUAAAAUGGCUGCCUCAUCUUCGUCCUCUUCAGCUGGAGGUGUCAGCGGGAGCUCUGUCACAGGGUCUGGUUUCAGUGUUUCGGACCUGGCUCCUCCACGGAAGGCACUCUUCACGUGUCCGAAAGCAGCAGGGGAGAUGUUGGAAGAUGGCUCUGAGAGAUUCCUGUGCGAGUCUGUGUUCAGCUAUCAAGUAGCAUCAACUCUGAAGCAGGUGAAGCAUGGUCUAAUCUUUUCAGAUCAACAAGUGACUCGAAUGGAGAAGUUGGCUGGGUUAGUGGAGGAACUGGAGGCUGAUGAAUGGCGAUACACACCGAUCGAGCAACUCCUGGGUUUCACCCCUUCUUCAGGAGGAAAGUGACCAAUUUGGGGUGAUUCUUAAACACCUGUCUGGCAAUGCACAAUAACCAAAGUGUGUACUUCAGGGCAAGGUCAUGAGUAGGUUUUCCAGCUGAGCUGGUAAAACAAAGGGCUCGAAAUAGGAUAGAAAAACUCAAUUCUUCUAAAACAAAUGUAUGCUAGUGCAACCAUCUAAUAAUCAGUCCUUCUUCAUCAGAUGACAGAGCAAAUGUAUAGAUUUCAUAUGCAACUGGUGAAAGCAAUAUUUGCAUUGGAAUGGAUCUAUAAUACAAUGAGCAAAUCACUAUUUGCUCUCUGACCCUGUUUGCAUUCCCUCAGCAGUGAAUGGAUGUCCUGUCCAUAGCUGCAUCGUAUCUGCAUAGGAAGGGAGGGGCUUCCAAGCACUAGAACAUGUUUACUUGGUUGUUUUAUGUUCCACAGUGCAGGUGCGUGAGGUACUUGCUUGUUUUUCUUUAAAGUAUUUUUCUGUUGCAUUGUUUUAACAUUUGUUGUAUGAUGCUAUAAUGUUCUUAUUUUCUUUUUAUGUUUUUAUUUCCCCCUAAAAUAAAGAUGAGAACUAUGUUGACGUUUAAA